AAACAAAUCAGAUGGAAAUAAAUAUUGAAUAAGGUCGGUUACAGCGAUAGGUAAGCUUCGAGUGUAUUAAGGUAAGAUUGGUAAAGCGGGUGGAGCCUGGUUCGACAAUAUGAGUGUUUGAAGUUCUGUGAUGGAUUGGGAUAUCUCCCAGUCUCUACUUUUGUUUUACGAAGUUCCAGGUUGUACCAAGCUACAGAACUCAAAAGGCUGCAUUGCAGGUUACAAAGCCAAUGGAAUUGCAUAAUAAAUUGCUUUGUGUUUCAACCGUUUACUAAAAAAUUUCUUAUCAUUAGCUCCUCAUACUUUCCACAGAGUAGGCGGAAAGAUACGAGGGCGAGAAUGGGUGAUCUACAGCAACCUAAUUGUAAUUUUCUAUAUAUUAUAUUUAUUAUUGCUGUAAAUUUGCUUCAGUUAUGCUCAACGGACACCCAGUGUCACUCCAGAUUGAUGCUGCCAGUGAUAUUUCCAUCAUUUCCUCAAAAAUGUGGGAACGAAUCGGCAAGCCUACCAUGAAGCCUUCUUCGAGUCAAGCCACAAAUGCAUCUGGUCAACCGCUAACCCUUCUUGGCGAAUUCAACUGCGAUGUAACAAUCAACGGCCAAACCCAGCUAGCAAGGUGUUUCGUGAUAUCGGUUUCCGGUUUGAACCUGAUCGGCAUUGAAUGACUAGACCUUUUUGAUCUAUGGUCUAUUCCGUUUGAAUCGAUCUGCAAUCAAAUCGCAACAUUUUCACCGGAAAGAAUCGACAAGGAAAUAAAGCAGAUGAUGGUCCAGCACAAGCAACUGUUCAGCGGCAGCCUUGGUCAUUUCAAUGGCUCUAAAGUUCAUCUUUACCUGAAACCAAACCCCAAACCGGUAUUCUGUCCUCGACGUCCAGUUCCAUUCAAUUCAAUUCCGCUAGUCGACACCGAACUAACCCGUCUCCAGAAUCUGGGAAUCAUCUCACCCAUAGAAUUCUCGGAGUGGGCAGCGCCGAUUGUAGUAGUGAAGAAACCGGACGGCAGAGUACGAAUCUGUGCUGACUUUUCGACGGGACUCAAUGACGCACUAGGAGCCAACCAUUAUCCACUGCCAGUUCCAGAAGAAAUUUUUGCGCAGCUGGCCGGCAGUCAAGUCUUUAGUGUCAUUUGCAGCUGGAUGUCACCGACGAGUCGAAAAACCUCCUCACCAUCAACACUCACCGAGGACUUUUCCGAUUCAACAGUCUUGCUGCGGGAGUCAAAUCCGCAGCAAGGGCUUUUCAAUCAAUUAAUUAAACUAGUUUACAAAAUUUUAAAAAAAUCGUGAACUUGAUUAACUGACCAACAUUUUUAAUGUAAAAUCGGGCGCUGAAUCCGAAAAUGAAAUUCAUGAAAAUCUCAGUAGAACCGUUUUUGAGUUAUGCUACAAAUGUGAAAUUUCGAAAAAAUUAAAAAAGUUCUUGUACUUAGAUUAAAAUAUCUUGGACAGCAUAACAGUAAUUAUAAAUCUCUCUUUUGCAUAUUGAAGGUGAAUAAGUUUUCUAUUGAUCAUCUGAACACUGUUUUUGCAUUUGACCAACAGUAUUGCUGAUAUUAGUGACUUCAUGAGAAAAAAAUUAUAAAAAACGCAUUUUUUUUAGAGAAAAAUUUGUUUCAACGAAAGACUCGAUGGUAGCAUUUAAAAAAUGUUAUUUUCUUUUGCGCUUGAAUGUCAAUUUAAAACAAAGAUUUCAAGUGGUUAUUUAUCAAAAUCGGUUGAAAAUUGAAGAAGUUAUGGCUACUUUACCAUAACUGUAAUUUUUGCAGUUUUUAAUAAUUUAACGGACCGCAGUACACUUAUCAUAGUAUAGGAAGAAUGAAACAUGAUAAAUCUCACUCGCUCCAAGUCAAAAUUAUUUAUUAGCUUACCAGAAGGUCACAUGCCAAGUUUCAGGAAGAUCUGACCAUAGGGAGGGGUUGCUUGAGUCUCAAACGUGAAUAAAAUUUUGAGGUAUUUUGCCCGGAAGGAACGAAAAAUACUGGUUUUUCAUCAAUAACUUUUUUCAUCACUAGCUGAUUGUUUUUUAUGGUUGAUUUUCUUAAAGCCCAAGUUGAGACAAAUAUUUCACCCGAAGACUGUAACUCGAUUGGAUUUGAAACAGAAAAGUUAUUGCGGUUCAAAUAUUGUAUUUUGGUCGAAAAUUACAACUUACAACAACUUACAACUCUUACUUCGCAAAUUCGAGGUUUAUUCAUCCCCAAUCAAGCAGAUGAUGGUCCAGCACAAGCAACUGCUCAGCGGCAGCCUUGGUCAUUUCAAUCGCUCUGAAGUUCAUCUUUACCUGAAAUCAAACCCCAAACCGGUAUUCUGUCCUCGACGUCCAGUUCCAUUCAACUCAAUUCCGCUAGUCGACACCGAACUAACCCGUCUCCAGAUCACGAUGUUAUCAUCCACGGCAAGAGUUGGGAAGAGCAUUCGAAAUCCUUACAACUCUUACUUCGCAAAUUCGAGAUCUGCAGUUUCCGACUCAAAAUUGAAAAAUGCAAGUUUUUCCAAACCGAAAUCCGUUACCUAGGCCACAUCGUUGAUUCAAAGGGUAUCCGUCCCGAUCCGGUGAAGAUCAAGUCCAUCGCCAACAUUCCUGCGCCAAAGAACGUUUCCGAGCUCCGUUCGUUUCUUGCUGCAGUUAAUAUUAUUACGGCAAAUUUGUUAAACAAAUUCACGACUUACGGCAUCCCAUGGACCAGCUGUUGCGCAAAAACGUGAAGUGGGAAUGCUUCAGACUUCAGACAUGCUAACUUCAUGUUUCGACAAUCAUUCUGCAAAAUUUCAAUAAAAAGCGAAGCGUAGUUUUUGAGAUAUUGCAGUUUGAAUGGUAAAAGUCCAAAAAGUCCGAUUUUCGUAGAAUUACUGUAUCUCAGGCCACACAAAUUUAAGAAAGCUCAAAUUUUGUGAUUUGUAGUGUGAUAGUUGAGCUAUCUUACGCAGGAAAUUUGUUCCAAAAAUAUCAUCAGAGGAAAAAUUUAUGGAAGUUCAAAGUCGAAGUGGCAGUGCGCGUGCUUCCAAUUUCUAUACAAUUCUGAACGGUACUGUAUCAUCAUCCUUGAUCGGAUGCUCUUCUUCCUCAAAUGAUCUAAGCCUGUAAGUAAAUUUCAAAAAUAAAAAAGAAGUUCUUCCGGUCAAUACUAAAAAUUUUAAAACCUCCUCAAUAGGAACAAGUUUUGAGACUGCGAUCCGAGUUAUUCGGAUCACAAACCGCCGUGAGCAUAUGAUUGUUUGUGUGCGAUUACAAAUUGCAUCACCGAGGGGGGAAAAGUGUCACGUUUUUCCCGAUAACGGCACUAACGACCAAAACAAGGAAAAACACCUAUCAAUAAGCAAACGCACAAACCAGCGAAUGUUUGCUCUUGAAAGAAAACGAACUUAAAAACAAACACUUCACAAAACCGUUCGUGAACACAAUGAUAGGAAGUGUCCAAUCAAUCGCAAAUCUUCCGGCCUUCCAGGUUUCGAAAGUGUCUGACUGAUUGACCAUCGGUCAUCAAACGAAUGUAUAAAAACGUCCCACCCAACUGCAUCUUGAUGAUUCCAGUUCUAGCGCUCUUCCAGGUGAAAUUUUCUGUCUCAGUGGUGCAGUAAUAGGGAAAUGAUUUUUAAUUCUUUGAAUUGGUGAGAGUAUAAAUUUUAAAAAUGUCCCGGACACGGACAUUGAUUUUCGGUGUUUUGUUACUGGCCCUGGGGAUCAGUGUUCAAGGCCAGGAUUAUCAGUUAACAUUCUACCAAUCAACGGUGGUCGCGACCAUUAAUCCGAGCACAAGAUCGCUAAAGGUUACUCGGGAUGGAGUUCAGGUUCAGCAGCUUCUGUUGAAUACCGAUGUUGUUGGAUCGACAAUGACCGAAAUUGCUGAUGGAUUAAAGCUGACCAAUUCGGCUGGUGAAACGAUCGAGGUGACGAAGACCGUGGAUACUGCUGAACUGUCGUUGUUCAACGUGGCACGCAACUCGAGGGCUAAAUCGAGGGUGACAGUGGACUGUAUCAAUCUCAUGGGAGUGAAUUGGUUCGGAGGACCGCAGCAAAAGUAUCAGUACUGGCCGAUUCAGAAGCUCCAUUACGAGAAAUACUCGUUUCUGACUAAGGAAGCUGACAACUGUGCCGUGGCUGAUCGUUACUGGCUUAACGCGUUGGGAUCGUUUGUGUUCGUGGAGCAGGAGACUCCACUGUUUGUGGAUCAGAACUACGGGACGCCUGGCCAUUUGUGUUUGGUGGCGGAGAAAAUAUUGCCUUAUGAUAUCUACGAUUCGACGUAUUCGAUGGUGUACCGGAUUGGAGUAGCUACGGAUGCGAAACAGGCUCAUAUUGGUGCCGUUAAGAACAUCUUGCUGAAGCCUACGGGACAUCCGAACGAGGCUAUGGUCAAGUAUCCCAUCUGGUCAACGUGGGCUCGGUACAAGCGAGAUAUCGGAGAAAAAGUUGUCCUGGAGUUUGCCGAUGAAAUUGUGAAGAACGGAUGGCCUAACGGCCAGUUUGAGCUAGACGAUGAUUGGGAGAUGUGCUACGGAGCGUUGAACUUUAAUACAACUGCUAGUAAAUUUCCAAAAAUUAGGGAAACCAUCACCGCCAUCAGAGCCAAAGGUUUUCCCCGAGUAACGAUCUGGAUCCAUCCGUUUAUCAACAAAGGCUGCGAGCCCUGGUACUCGGAAGCCAAACGUAACGGAUACUUCGUUGCGGAUCACACCGGAAACGUCGAUACCCAAUGGUGGAACAGCAACACCGGCCAGGCGGCUUACAUCGACUUCACCAAGCCUGAAGUGGCCGAAUGGUUUUCAAAAAGGUUGAAAAAUGUCCUCGAAGUCAGCGGAAUCGAUAGCUUCAAGUUCGACGCUGGCGAAUCUUCUUGGUCCCCUCCAGAUCCCUUACUGAACGGCCCUCGAUCUCAACAACCAAACACGAUCGUCAGCGAGUAUAUUCGAACGGUGGCCAAGUUUGGCGACCUCGUAGAAGUCCGCUCUGCCCAUCUCUCCCAAGAUCUGCCCAUUUUCGUUCGAAUGAUUGACAAAGAUUCCCUGUGGACCUGGAACAACGGAAUUCCGACCCUCAUCACCACCCUGCUCCAGAUGAAUAUGGUCGGCUACCCUCUGGUCCUUCCGGAUAUGGUCGGCGGAAAUGGCUACGGCGGAGCUCCCGAUAAGGAGAUGUUUAUCCGAUGGCUCCAGGCCAACGUGUUCAUGCCUAGCAUUCAGUUUUCGUACGUGCCCUGGGACUACGACGCGGAAACCGUUACCAUCUCCAAGGCAAUGACCGAUCUGCACGAACGCUACACGCCGCAAAUAAUGGAACGCUUUGCCCUGGCGGUUUCCGAUGGGCUUCCGGUGAAUCCUCCGAUCUGGUGGGUCGACCCGGACAACGUCGAAGCGCAGAAGAUCUACGACGAAUUCCUUCUUGGGGACAAUAUCCUGGCAGCGCCGGUGGUGCGCCAGAACUCCCGGGCCCGGGACAUCUACCUACCGAGCGGCAAGUGGACCGACGGCAACAAUCAAACCGUUUACACCGGCCCGACCUGGCUGCGGAACUAUCCAGUGCCACUGAAUGUGCUGCCAUAUUUUAUCCGGAGCACGUGAUCUCGGUGCUUCUGAUUCUAGGACUUCUUAUCAAUCCAAUCGAUGGGGGAUCAACGUUGAGUAGGAAGGAGUAGGAGAAAUUGUUUGUUUAUUUUUCUAGUAAUAGUGAUAAGAUACGACAAAAUGUCAAGUGAAUGUUCAAAUAAUGAUUGAAUCUACCAA